CACGUGCCCCCCUAUAGGUUUGGAGAACCCCAACAGACUCCAUCAAGGCCUUGGGGACCUCAGUGCCCUCCUAGACCCCCUUAGGGUUUGGAGACCCUGAUGCCCCCUCCACGUGCCCCCCUAUAGGUUUGGAGACCCCCAAGAGACCCCACCAAGGCCUUGGGGUCCUCAAUGCUGUCCUAGACCCCCUUAUGGGUUUGGGAACCCCAAGACAACCUCCCAAGGCCUUGGGGACCUCAGUGCCCCCCUUAUACUGCCCUAUGGAUUUGAGGACUCCAGUGUCCCCCAAGACCCCUUUAUGAGUUUGGGGACCCCAAGUGAUCCCCCUCAAGGCCUUGAGACCCUAAUGCCCCCCUACAUCUCCUUAUGAGUUUAGGGGCUGCAAUUCCUCCCAGACUCCUCCUAAGGGUUUGGGGACCCCCAAGAGAUCCCCAGAUGCCUCCCUAUGGGUUUGGAGAUCCCAGAGCUUGUCCUAUAUCCCGCUAUUGGUUUGGAGACCCCUAAGAGACCACCCAAAGGGCUUGGGGGCCCCGUGUCCUCCCCGAUCCGCUAUGGAUUUGGGACCCCAAGAGGCCCCUCAUCGAGGCCUUGGUGGAGCCUGAUGUUCCUCUAUACUCCCUGUGGGUUUGGGGCCCCCAAUGCCCCCCAGACCUAUCCUUAUUGGUUUGGAGACCCCUAAGAGGCCCCCCAAAAGGCUUGGGGCCCCAAUCUGUGGGUGUGGGGAACCCCAAGAGACCUCCGCUCCAAGGCCUUGGAGUCCCAAUGGCUGUCUAUGCUCCCUUAUAGCUUUGGGGACCCUUAUAUCCCCACAUGCCUCCCUACGGGCUUGGGGAACCCCCAAAGCCUUGGGGACUCCAACGUCCCCCCAUCUCCCCAGUGCCUUUGGGGGCCCCAGUGCCCUCCCUAUACCCCUCCAUGGGUUUGGGCACAUCCCCCUCCCCAGGCCUUGGGGACCCCCUUGCUGCCCCACGGCCUCGGGGGCCCCGCUCCCCGCUGCCCCCCACAAGCCCCGCCCCUCCCGUCAAGCCCCGCCCCUUUCGCCAUACCCCCGCCCUCAGCCAUGUCGCGCCCGCCCCUUUCCGACGCCGAUUCGCCUGCCGCGCUGUUUUGCCGCUCGGCGGCCGCCGUAGCGGGGGGGGGGGGGCGCUUCUCGCGCGCGCGCCUCUAUUCGAACGGCGGCGGCAGAGCUCAGUUUGCAGCGAUGGAAGCCUUCAAAGCUCAGAAUAACCUGAAGAGCAAGGAGAAACCUGAUGGGGCUUCUGUCACUAUUCCAGCCUCUCCCUUCAUGCAAAAGCUUGGAUACGGCACUGGAGUGAAUGUCUACUUGAUGAAAAGAUCUCCCAAAGGUUCAUCUUGUUCCCCGUGGGCUGUGAAGAAAAUUAACCCCAAAUGCAACAAGAGCCAGCAAAACAUCUAUCAGAAGAGACUGAAUGAAGAAGCCAAGAUUUUGAAAAACCUCCAGCACCCAAACAUUGUGGGUUACCGUGCGUUUACCGAGGCCCACGAUGGAAGCAUGUGUCUUGCCAUGGAGUAUGGAGGAGAAAAAUCUCUCAAUGCCUUAAUUGAAGAAAGAAAUUCGGAACAUUUGGGCCCUUUCCCUGCUGCUACAAUUUUCAAAGUUGCCUUGAGCAUGGCAAGGGGGCUGAAGUAUCUUCACAAUGAUAAGAAGCUGCUCCACGGAGAUAUCAAAUCUUCAAAUGUGGUUGUUAAAGGUGACUUUGAAGCUGUAAAGAUCUGUGAUGUCGGAGUGUCCCUGCCCCUGGAUGAAAACAUGACUGUGAGUGACCCGGAGGCAUGCUACAUCGGCACCGAGCCCUGGAAGCCCAAGGAAGCUCUGCAAGAGGACGGCGUCAUCACCGAUAGGGCCGACAUCUUUGCUUUUGGGCUGACUCUCUGGGAAAUGAUGACCCUCUCGGUGCCCCAUCUCAACCUGGGAGAUGAGAGUGGUGAUGAAGAUGACUCUUUCGAUGAGGAUGACUUUGAUGAGGACGCCUACUACGCGGCUCUGGGAACCAGGCCAGCGCUGAACCUGGAGGAACUGGACCAGUCGUACCACCAAAUGGUCGAGCUGUUCUCCAUCUGCACCAGCGAGGAGCCCCAGAAGCGCCCCUCCGCGGCCCAGAUCGUGGCAGUCCUGGAGGCGGUUCUGCCCCGGGAGUGCCUGCCCUGAGGUGCGGCCCCGGCUCCAGCGCGCCGAGGCGCCUGCAGCACUGCUGUUUCUGUGUGGGUUCCGCGCGGGCAGCUGCCCGGUGCCGUUGGGCCACGGCGGGUGCUGCCGAGUUCUGCAGGGCCCGUUUCAGGUAGAGGAGGAAGGCUGAGCCUGUAGUACGUAUCCUUGUAGCAUGUGAAACCUGCUCCGCGCAGAGGCCGAUGUCCUUAAGAGAUAACCCCGGUUUAACACUACCCUGCCAAGGACAUGCCCGAGGCGACUGGGACUUGCAGUCUCCCUCCGGCCUGCACUUAGGUCCUCAGCGGCCCCCCCGCUCUCUGUGCAAAGCCCCUUAGGCAGAUGCUUGCCAUCGCCCCAUCCCCGCUGUGAAUACAGUAACGGCCCUUGUAUGUUUGUCAGUUCAUUACUGUUGGUCUGUUGUUUUGUGCCUGAAACUUCUAAAAUAAAUUUCUUUCUCCACCUCGGUGCAAAA